AUGAGACCACUGCAGGGCUGUCGAGGCCGGGGAGUCGUCGUGGGGACCGUCACCCUCUGCCUGGCCGCCGGGUGGGCUCUGCAGACUCCUGGAGGAAUAUCUUUAGUUGUCCCACAACCCAACAUCAAUGCAACAGUGGCACAAAACAUCCUCCUCUCAGUUGAAUACUCUUGCCGGGGCGUGGCCACCAUUGAGUGGAAGCAUGUAUCAAGCUGGGGCACCACCAGCAUUGUUGAGUGGAGAAGUGGGAAUUAUGUAAACAUAUCCACGGUCUACAAGGACAGAGUGACUACUUUUGAAAAUGGCUCUAUACAGCUUCGGAAUGUGGGCAUGAGAGAUGCUGGCUACUAUUUUGUCACUGUAAUGGAGGAGCAUGGAACCAAUGCCUAUGGCACCAUCAUAGUCAAUGUUUACGAGAUUAUCUAUGAAGAUUUGCAUUUUGUAGCAGUUCUCUUCACAUUUCUCGCUGCAGUAUCUGCCAUUCUAAUCUGCUUAAUGUGGCUGUGUAAUAAAUCUCUGCAUCUAUUUCAGAAGAAGACAACACACAAACUAACAGCAAGUACAACAGAAGAGAUUGAACUGGAAACCAUUGAGUGUUAG